CACUCGAACGUAGAGGGCUUUAACAUAAACAAAUUCCAGCAAGCUGUCGAUGUCAUCUGACCUGGUAUUCUUCGCCAUUUAAAGAAUUUUCUGGACAUAUUUUACUGAAUUGUGACGUUACCAUCAAUGACUAUCAUUGAUCGUGUAUCAAACUUUGUUUACGUUUUGAUUAUGCCCUAAAAAUAUGACAUCAAGAACACCAAGGCGCACCACUCCUUCGAUUGUAAGUCAACACUCACAGGGCUCAUUACAGAGCUGGACCGAUGACUUGCCUGUCUGCCGUCACUCAGGGAUUGGAUACUCAAACAACCAGGUCUACCGACAAGAUGGAGCCAGAAGCGAAGAUCAUGAAUUUGAAGACAAAUUCUUUCAUUUCAGGACGGAACAAGAUGACUACUUAUAUGCCAUAUUUGAUGGAUACGAUGGAGUGUACGCCCCAGGAUUCGCCCAUCAAGGUUUGCCUGCAGAACUGCUGCUGGGCCAGCUCAGCGGGGUACACGAUGACGCGGAGGUGAAGCGUAUUCUGCAGAGGGCGUUUGUUACGGUGGAGCGAGGUUUAUUCGAGUCUUUGGAUCAUGUUGUCGCAGAGAGAGCCAAUCUGAAGCUCUCCCUUCCAGAUGGUGUUAGUGACUAUGAACUGUAUCAGAAGUAUCCUAUGGAGAUGGAGAAAUUCCAGUCAAUGACGGCAGAUAUCAGCGGUGGAACUUCAGCCAUUGUUACUUUAAUUCAUGAUAACAAGCUCUUUGUAGCGAACGUAGGUGAUUCCAGAGCACUUCUUUGCACUUUGGAACCAGACAACACGACCAAGGUUAGGCAACUUAGUGUAGACCAUACCACCAACAAUCACGAUGAGCUUCUGAGACUGAGUCAGCUAGGUCUAGACACCGAUACCUUACAAUCUAACAAGCUUCUAGGAGACAAGAUGGCUACGAGAACUAUUGGUAAUCACACAGUCAAGGGUGGCUACAAAGAGAACACGCUGCUAUGCCAAGCUUCAAGUGAACCAAUUCUAGCUGAACCAGAUAUUAUAGGUGGAUUAGAUGUCAGCAACAUGACUGGAUUCUUGAUGAUGUACUCAAACGGUCUCAGUCAGUCACUAAUUGAAGCUACGGACACCUCUCAAGCCAACCUGGACCUAGCUUUCAUGGCCAUGUCCGAGUUUGAGGUUCAGGCGACCUUGAGCGGUGUUGCGCAAGCUGUUGUUGACAAAGUAGUCCGGAAACAUCAUGACACCUACCUCUCGGAAGGGGGCCGCAUGGCCAACUGCCAGAAGCGAGACGACAUCACUCUCAUUGUCCGCAACUUCAAUUUUCCUCUGGGAAGUCGCAUGUCAAGCCCUUGUGGAGCAGCCCCUUACAAUCCUGCGCCAAUACCGUUCUCGACCCCGAUACCACAGGGUGGGUCACAACCUCCAAGACUCACGAUCACAUCCGCCAACAGAACCCGCACAGACUCUCAGAGCUCACUUUCCAUGAUGACGCCUCUGUACGUCGAGGUUGACAACAACAAUGUGUCCCCCAUAAAUCAGCAGCGCUCUCCUUUAGGACAGUUUGUCGGUGACCUGACCCCGCAGCCGGGGAUUCCCCAGCCGUACUUUGGGGACGACAUGCAGCACACACCCCGCCCUCCGUCCAAUGAAGGCGAGGAAGAGGAAGAUAAAGGCGGGGAAACAGAGAAUACUCGCAUGUCGAGCAGUACAGACUCUACCAACCAAAGCAGUACAGAGGAAUCUCAGAGAGUCUUUGAUUUCAACAGGCAUGAUGAAACCAAGGCAAAGGUAGAUGAGAAUGGAAUGAUUGAUCCAUAUGUUGAUUUCACAGACUUCUUUACUGCGUAUAAAGCCGUGUGUCCUGAUCCAGCUAUGGCUUCAUCAUGAAUUCUUCCCAGGAUAGAGAACUAUUUAUUGGAAUGCAUAAUAUCGAUCUACUGUAAGGGGCUUUCUCAGUUGAUCUUGCAAACAUUUGCUAUGGUUGUGUUCAUGUGAAGUAUUUAUUAUAACCGAAUGCUAACAAACUGUUACAGGAUUGAUAGGGGGUUCCUGUAUGCGGCAUAGGGGAAUUGUAGACUCCCAACAAAAAUAGUCAAGAUAGUGUCAAUCUAAAUUUCUAUUAAGUUGAAAUCUAGCUAGAGACAAAAGAAACUCACAAAACAACUUCCUUCACAAUUUUACAGUUAUAUUAUACCUGAAUCAUACCCAUACCAAAAUUAAUUAUGAUGGUAAUUCUUUGAUUUAACUAAUGUAUGAUUGUCAACCCUUUCUUACCAUAGUCUGCAGACGCAGACUUUUGGUUCUCGUAGUGCAUAAUGCCGAGUCUGAAGAAUUGGGUCUAGAUUCACUUGUUAAUACUUUGGCUGUGUUAGGAUUUUUUUUUGGACACAGACUAUAGCCCGUAUUCUGAACUAGCAUUUAAAUCAAACCCUGGUUUAAAGUUGUGGUUUAAGUAGGGAGAGCCAAUUCGGGCACCAAUUCCUAACAGUACACAUCCAUUUUAUUAACUCAUAUGACACCCAAAUUGUUCAUAAUUGUCUGGGAAUGAUAACUGAAGUAUUUUUCCACAUUAUGAAAGCAAAAGGAAAGAAAAUAGUAAACGUAAGAAAUAUACAUGAUGAACAGAACUUUUUAAUUUUUGGCUCCCCAUAAUUUUAGCACAGAGUUAGACCAGGGUCUAAGUUAAACCUGACUUCAAAAUACGGGCCAGAGAGUUUGGAGUCUAGUGAUCAAACAUGGUAUCGUUGGUUAAGUAUAAAAUUUGAGUCUGUGCUUGCACACUAUGUCACUACUGCUAAUUUUCAUUUUCUCCUUCUUGCCCCAUCUAUGAAGUCUCCCAAUUUGUUUGAAAACAAAAAUAAACCUCACAUUCAGUGUGAAAGACCGAUGCUAGUGGUGAUGUUCAACCAAUGCAAUUUUCUCAAUGAUAGUUUGUUUGACAUGGAAAUCAUACCACCGAGGGGGUCGGGGGUUCAACAACUUUUGUCUGAUGACAAGAUCUGAUAACUUUCUUUGGUUCUGAUUGGCCAAGAUGUGCAGGUGUCUGACUAUCACUGUGGUAAAUGUCAGAGACUGACUGAAAUUCGCCAAUGCAGAAAAUUUUCAUGAAACGUUCCUCGGAACUUCAGCUCCUGUUUCAGUGGGAUCUCUACCUGCAAUGUACUACAAAAACAUCCUGAGCAUUGGGAUUUAUUUGUGUGUGUGCCUUGAUCAAGUUAUUUAUCUGCAUGUGUUUAAUUAUUAUGCAUACAAUGGUUAUUAUCUUUAUCAGAGGCCCGUUGCAGAAAGAGUUGCAAUCAAUCGCAACUCUAAAAAUCAUGUGCAACUUGAUUUUCAACCCAUCAACAGCGCGCAUUUGGGACUUGUUUUGAUUUAUUGACUUGCGUUUUAAUAAACGCAACUCUUUCUGCAACAGACCCCAGUUCAGCUAUUACAGGUAGGGAUGCUGUAUUGAUCAUUGGUACAAAGUCAUGUAGCGACAUGAUCUGGCAUUAUAAGACACAGUGAAGUAUCUGCCGUAUAUUGUAGCAUCUAAAAGUUAACUUUGCUGUGGUAUUAUUUAUAUUUUUCUGCCCACCGGAGGCAUUAUGUUUACUGGUUGUCUACCUGGUGAGCAUCGCUCCCAUUUUCAUUCUUCUGAUAACAAAAGAACUGUUUUACAUAUAGGAGUGACAAUGAACUGAUUUUCUUUUUUUUUGGGGGGGGAGGGGUUAUCAAGGUCAAAUGUGGAAAGGUUACAGAGGUCAUUAGACAACAUUGAAAUAUCUUGUUCUUGUGAUAAUUGAACAACCAUUUAAGAGAUUAACUUCAAACUUGGUUCAUGUAUGGACAUUAGCCGGACGAUGAUCUGAUUCAAUUUUAGGGGUCAUCAAAGGUGACAAAGGUCAUUAUUUUAAAUCUGAGAAGUUGGUGUGUAAAUGUGUUUUUGAUUUGGCAACAGCAGAGGCAUUUAUUUUGACUGUGUGCAGUCGAGAAUCCAUCUAGUUUACUUUGCGAUUCCUUUUAAUAGCAAUAUUUUCUUUAUGCAAAUCAAGAUUUUGAUAAAAUUAUGGUAUAACCUUCAAUUCAUUUAUCAUCCAUCACAAGAAACUUUCAUUUACUCACAAGAAGCAAUAUGAUAGAAGAAAAGAUUUAUUUUCAUUUUUUGUUAUUUUUAGAAAAAACAACAACUAAUCAACAGAAUGUGGAAUGGUAUUUUAACAGAGAGCAUGCAAUUCAAGUAUUUACAUGAACAUAUAUAUACCUUAUCUUUACUUUCCUUUAUGAUGUUCUUAGUUUUAUUGUGAAUUAUAUAAUUCUACUGCUUAUCUAGGAACGUGUACAUUUACUUGCACUUAGUGACAUCUCUUUUAUCCUAACUUUGAUCAGGUUUUUAUAUUUUUUAUUCACAUAUGGAGUACUGUACUGGUUUUAGGUAAUGAGUAUCUCAAUAGUGCCAAUCUCUGUACACAUGCGGGUUUUUUUCUUCUAUGUAUUUGAGUUAGAGUGUAUUGGAUGUAUAAAAUAAAUUAUUAUUCCUCCACGGCUGUUACAUGUAUGGGAGUACUAAACAUGUCAUAUAAAAUAACAUAUGAAGUGUUGGAGUCGUGGUCUAGUGGUUAUAAAUCUUGUCUUUUAAUCGGAAGGACGGGGGUUUGAAUCCCAGCCAUGGCGUGUUUUCUGUCAGCAAGAAAUUUACCCACAUUGUGCUGCACUAGACCCAGGUGAGGUGAAUGGGGACCCGGUGGGAUUAAUUCCUUGAAUGCACUGAGCACUGGAAGGCAGUUUGAGCUAAAGACCGGGUAAUAAUAACAAUGCGUCUCAUAAUUAUUUCCAGAUAGAUUGGGCUUUAUAAAUGCCUAGUAUUACUAUUAUUAAGUAAUUGGUAGAGACAUAUCUUCUGCUACCAGAUUGGUCAUGUAAAUUGUUAUAAGAAGUAAUGUGUAGUAUUUUAAAAAUGUCACUUUAUCGUUUAAUAUAGUGUAUAGGUGUGCAAAUCUCUUAGAAUAUAUAUUACUUGGUGAAAAAAUAACCCAUGAUAUUUAUUUUUCAUUAUAAUAAUCAUGUACAUACCAACAUAUGCUAGAGUUCCCUCAUACAGUAUAACAAUGUAUUAAGUUAGUAGUUUAUAAUGAAUGCACAUCCAGAAUCACUGAACUCAACAAAAUAAAAUAAAAUAUUGCAUAGGGACUGAUCAUCCAAAGUAAAAUGUUUGUGUUCAAGUUUUAUCAAAUGGUAAUAUAUUAUGGAUGUUUCCAAUUUACAAGUGUUGAUUUUGUUUUUCUACAUUUACCUGGAGAAGGGGGGGGGGGGGGAUCAUUGGCAAAUCACCUCUGCUUCCAUUUAAGUUAUGAUCCUUGGGUAAUACCACAUGUGAGCCCAUUAGAAUUUUGGGGUCAAAAGGUCAAGUUUGUGUUUGACUUCCUCUCAUUUCUUUAUUUCUGCAUCAAAUAUGUCCAUACUUGGUACAUAUGAUCCUUGGGUAAUACCACAUGUGGGUCCAUGAGGAUGAUAGUUUAAAGGUCAUCUAGGGGUCAAAAGGUCAAAUGAUAUGAUGUCAUGUCUAUCCUUUUUCGAAGAUUUGGUGAAACUUGCUCUCAUUUCUCUAUUUCGCAUCAAUUAUGGUCACACGUGGUACAAAUAGUCAUUUGGUAAUACCACACUUGUGUUCAUGAGGAUGUUAAUGUCAAAGGUCAUCUAGGGGUCAGAAGGUAAUAUUGCAUAUUUUAUUGAUUGCAAAAUAAGGUGAGACUAGUGGUUCUUGAACCACCUUGUUUCUUUGAUGAUCAAAAUAAUGAGUACUUUGCAUUCAUGGUAACCAUGCUAAUUGGCACUUCCACUCAUAAAAACAAGUGGAACAUCUCGCCUGCAUCACGCGAUUCAAUAUUGCAGCAGUACUGACUUUGAAAACAGAUAUUGAAUAAUUAUUCUCAAAAGAAAACACUCGUAUGAUAAAAAAUACUAUGUCCAUUGACCCAACAUGACUUUUGACCAUGAUCAUGUGACCUAAGACAUGUGCAAAACAUACUUGAUUACCAUUUUGUCUAUGUUUCAUGAACUACAUGUGUAGAUCCAUAAACUUUCUAAGUUAUGAUGCCAAUUCAACAAACACUGUACCCCAACACAGCCAUAGUUCAUUAACCUUAAAUGACUUUUGAUCUUGGUCAUGUGACCUGAAACACGACAGGAUAUUCAGGGAUACAUGGUUACUCUUAUGUCCAAGUUUCAUGAACUAGAUCCAUAAACCUUUAAAGUUAUGAUGAAGAUUUCACAAAUACCCCCAACAUUAUCAAAGUUCGUUGACCCUAAAUGACCUUUGACCUUGAUCAUGUGACCUGAAACUUGCACAGGAUAUUCAGGGAUACUUAAUUUGCUCUCAUGUCUUAAGUUUCAUGAACUAGAUCCAUAAAUUUUCGAAGUUAUGAUGACAACUCCACAAAUACCCCCAAAAUGGUCAAAGUUCGUCGACCCUAAGUGACCUUUGACCUUGGUCAUGUGACUUGAAACUUGGGCAGGAUGUUCAGUGAUACACUAUUAGCCUUAUGUCUAAGUUUCAUGAACUAGGUCUAUAUACUUACCAAGUUAUGACAACAUUUCAAAAACUUUAGGAACCUUUAGAAAUCUGUCAAAGUUAGCAAUGGACGAAAUGUUUGGAAAUUAUUAUGCAUGUGCUAUUUGAAACAAUGGAUGAUGUGUUUUUUUAUUCAUUGUCAAGGCCCUCUGUAUUCAUGUUUUUUAUAUGUCCCCAUUUAUUCAGUGUAUGUACUUCAUAUUUUAAUAAUUACAAUUUUUUUGCCUUCAGGGCAGCACAUGCAUUCAGUUUAGAUGGUGUUGUGAACAAGUAUUAAUCAAAGGAAGUGUAAUUUUUUUCAAUUAUAGCAAAUUAGAAUAUUAUGUACAUGUAUCUUUCAGAAUUGAAAUUUUGAAACAAACAAUUGGUCUUGCCAAAUGGAAUUGAGAUUACAUUUAUAGCAAUAGUGGAUUAGCAAAUAAUAUGGAGAAGGUACACGUAUAUUUGGAUAAUAAAAAGAUAAAGAGAGAGGUAGAGAGAGAAAGGAUGAGAGAGAGAGAGAGAGAGGGGGGGGGCAGAGGGAAACUAAAGAAGGGUUUCUUUUCAGGAUUUAUAUUUCUUUUUAUCAACAUAUCAUGCAAAAAUAAUCUUAUUCUGAGGUAUUUAAUUUGCUGAUCAAUGUUAUAUAUAAAACCUUGAGAACAAAUCUGAA